CGGAUGUUCGGAAGAAGCUGUGGCGGAUAUUAUGCUCUAAAUUAAAAAAAAAACUGAAUGAUUAUUUGUGCCAAUUCGUUACUCUUGAAACUGUUCUUCAGUUGGUGGAACAUGGCGACGCACCUAGGCUGGUCUUUACUGGGUUUACCUGACCAAGAUAAGUUGAAUUCCGUCGACAGUCGUUCCGUUUAUCUGAUUUAUCUGCUGUACAGCUUCUUCUUAAUCAUGGUAGUUAUUCUUCUCGUUAACAUGAUGAUUGCUUUGCUCUCCAAUACCUAUCAGCAGGUUCAGAAUAAUUCACUCCAGGAGUGGUCCUUCAAGAGAGCCAUUACUGUACGGACUUACAGCUCCUAUCAUCCGAUACCAGUCCCUUUCAACAUUUUGUCGGUCCCACUGAUAAUACUCUGGAGGACACACUUUGACACUCCUGCUUCGGGUGAGGAAGAUCGGAAUGGACAGAGUGAGACCCUAAAUGAAUUGGUGUUCAAGUUACAAACGAUCUACUUUGAGAAGUUCGGUUAUGAAUUUCCCCUAACAGAGGAGAGAAAAAUAGAUAAUUUGAUUCAAGAAAAUGAAGGAAGUCGGCAAAUGACCAAUCAGAUAGCACGGCAAGUAUUCCAACCGCGUGCAAACAAGGAGAACCGUACGUUUGGCCAAGGAGCGUGGUAUGAUUCGCAAGGAAUUGCUGUCGAUGGCUGCCUCUUAACUUACUUGGGAAAUAAGUUCUGCCACAAAUGCAAAGGAGACGGUCCUGACGAGCCUCACAGUGCUAAAUUCAAGUGUCCUUUCACAGCAGAGAAACCUCGACUUGAGGUGAAGUUUUGGUUUAUAAUUAUGAUACAUAUGACCAUUCUUCGGGUUGGAUGGUAUUACUAGAGGAGCUGCUUGCACUAGAAAACAAGCUCCUUCAAGCUGGUCUUUUAUGGACGUUGCCUUCCGCUGGUACGUUUGAACUUUUUUCGGGGCUGUCUUAAUUGGGGAAUUGCCUGUAAUUCCAAAAUGCUUUCUUUUGGUCACUGCUGCUUAUGUUAAAUCGGUGAUUAGUAACUUUUAGUCAAAUCUGUCACAAUUUCUCCUCUACUGUAAGGCUAUAUUACCGACUUCGCGCGAGCAAACAGUCAAAAUACCAAGCUUCGCAAAGCAAAAGCCGUCAACUUCAAAAACAGUUUUCGGAGAAAUAGUAAGAGGUGCGCUGAGGUACGAUACACUCUUAAAUACUCUUAUCUAUAGGGAAUAAUAAAUUGUACUUUUUAGACAAAUGGAAGCAAGGAAUAGUAAAAAAGAAAUUAGAGAAUGAGUUGCGAUUGACAGAGAUUUGUACCCUCUGAAAAAGUUUUUCUAAUUCUUAAAAUACAUAAAUAUAAAUUGCAUAUCAAAAAUUCAGUGGCCUCAAGUUAUUGGGGAAGGCUUUGUAUUUCAAUUACCAUUUUUCUAGUAUGCAGAGCUUGGCAUUAGGGACUUGGACCUAGACUUGAACUUUCCUCUUCAAAACGCCGCAACCACAUGGUAAGGCCACCAUAUUGGAAAUAUGAGAGGAUCAUAUUACAAACCUUUGUAUGGGAGGUUAGGCUCCGCUCUGUAACUCAGU